AUGGCGGCCUCCAGUAACCUGACCAAUAAGCUAUCGACACUGAUGGUGUACAAUGCUACUGACAGACUGACUGUGGAAGAGACGAGGCAGCUAGUGUUCCAAAUGGGUGUGCCGGUCAAAGACGUUGAUAACAUCAGGGAACAGAACAGUGGCAAUAUGCAACGCGUCUACCUUGUGGGAAAGUGGCUUGAUAUGACCCCCGAUGCCAGCUGGGACAAACUAGUUGCUGGACUGAGGAAGAUUAACAAGAACUCUUUGGCUGCUGACAUUGAGUCUCGACAUCCUCCAAACGCUACUGUUGAUUCUGUCGCCCCCCUCGCUCCAGUGACUGCAACCCCAGCUCCCGUCGACCCCCUCGCUCCGGUGACUGCAACCCCAUCUCCCAUCGGUCCCCUCGCUCCGGUGACUGCAACCCCAACUCCCGUCGACCCCCUCGCUCCGGUGACUGCAACCCCAACUCCCGUUGGCCACCUCACUCCAGUGACUGCAACCCCAGGUCUCGUCGGUCCCCUCGCUCCAGUGACUGCAACCCCAGGUCCCGUCGACUCCCUCGCUCCAGUGACUGCAACCCCAGCUCUUGUCAGUUCCCUCGCUCCAGUGACUGCGACCCCAGCUCCCGUCGACCCCCUCGCUCCAGUGACUGCAACCCCAACUCCCGUUGGCCACCUCACUCCAGUGACUGCAACCCCAGGUCCCGUCGGUCCCCUCGCUCCAGUGACUGCAACCCCAGGUCCCGUUGACUCCCUCGCUCCAGUGACUGCAACCCCAGCUCUUGUCAGUUCCCUCCCUCCAGUGACUGCGACCCCAGCUCCCGUCGACCCCCUCGCUCCGGUGACUGAAACCCCAUCUCCCAUCGGUCCCCUCGCUCCGGUGACCGCAACCCCAGCUCCCGUCGGGCCCCCUCGCUCCAGUGACCGCAACCCCAGCUCCCGUCGGCCCAACCCCAGCUCUUGUCAGUUCCCUCGCUCCAGUGACUGCAACCCCAACUCCCGUUGGCCACCUCACUCCAGUGACUGCAACCCCAGGUCCCGUCGACUCCCUCACUCCAGUGACUGCAACCCCAGCUCCCGUCGGUCCCCUCGCUCCGGUGACCGCAAACCUAGCUCCCGUCGGUCCCCUCGCUCCGGUGACCGCAACCCCAGCUCCCGUCGGCCCCCUCGCUCCAGUGACCGCAACCCCAGCUCCCGUCGGCCCAACCCCAGCUCUUGUCAGUUCCCUCGCUCCAGUGACUGCAACCCCAACUCCCGUUGGCCACCUCACUCCAGUGACUGCAACCCCAGGUCCCGUCGACUCCCUCGCUCCAGUGACUGCAACCCCAGCUCUUGUCAGUUCCCUCGCUCCAGUGACUGCGACCCCAGAUCCGGUCGGUCCCCUCGCUCCAGUGACCGCAACCCAAGCUCCCGUCGGUCCCCUCGCUCCGGUGACCGCAACCCUAGCUCCCGUCGGUCCCCUCGCUCCGGUGACCGCAACCCCAGCUCCCGUCGGCCCCCUCGCUCCAGUGACCGCAACCCCAGCUCCCGUCGGCCCAACCCCAGCUCUUGUCAGUUCCCUCGCUCCAGUGACUGCAACCCCAACUCCCGUUGGCCACCUCACUCCAGUGACUGCAACCCCAGGUCCCGUCGGUCCCCUCGCUCCAGUGACUGCAACCCCAGGUCCCGUCGACUCCCUCGCUCCAGUGACUGCAACCCCAGCUCUUGUCAGUUCCCUCGCUCCAGUGACUGCGACCCCAGAUCCGGUCGGCCCCCUCGCUCCAGUGACCGCAACCCCAACGUCCCCUGCACAAACCUAGCUCCCGUCGGUCCCCUCGCUCCGGUGACCGCAACCCCAGCUCCCGUCGGCCCCCUCGCUCCAGUGACCGCAACCCCAGCUCCCGUCGGCCCAACCCCAGCUCUUGUCAGUUCCCUCGCUCCAGUGACUGCAACCCCAACUCCCGUUGGCCACCUCACUCCAGUGACUGCAACCCCAGGUCCCGUCGGUCCCCUCGCUCCAGUGACUGCAACCCCAGGUCCCGUCGACUCCCUCGCUCCAGUGACUGCAACCCCAGCUCUUGUCAGUUCCCUCGCUCCAGUGACUGCGACCCCAGAUCCGGUCGGCCCCCUCGCUCCAGUGACCGCAACCCCAGCUGCAAACCUAGCUCCCGUCGGUCCCCUCGCUCCGGUGACCGCAACCUCAGCUCCAAUCGGUCCCAUUUCUCCCCCUGAUAACACUGAGGAGACAUUUGAACAGAGAGUAGCAGGGGCUAAAGAAUGCGUGGAGCGCCUACAGGAAGAAUUUUUCGACCUGAAAUCCGAUACUCGAGAGUCUCUCUCAGAGAAGGAACGUCGAGAUCCAAAAUUUGUUCUAAAGUUUCAAGAUUAUCUGCUGGAAAUGCCAGUAGCUAAAAGGCAAGUUCACAUUCGGUUCUUCAGUAAAAAUGCAGAGGAAAUCCUGGGCGCAAAAACUAUACGAAGGCUGUUUGUUGUUCUCGGGCGCUACUGCAACUACUCCAACUACAAGAUAAUCUUCCAUGUCGUCAAAAGCCGAACAGAGCGGGAAGACGAGGGCUUCAAGGAAAUUCGCCGGGGAAUAUGUCCCGUGGAUGGGGUGAUCGCAGGCAGUGAAUUAGCUAAUCUUGAGCCUAGGUUGUUAGUAAACAGGUUAAAUAACCAGCUCAAGGAAUUUCAGCAAAAAAUUGGAGAUGCCAAUACUCUAAUGGCUGAUGUGGUUACAGUUCUUUUGAAACUUGUUGAAUUGACUAGCAAAAGCAAUAGUGAAGAACAAGGUGAUGCUAGCAAAAUAAUUGCAGAAAUUUUAAGUGAGCGUAGUGAAAGGUUUCAUUUUCAACUUAAGAGAGCUGUACAAAGCCCUAAGUGCACGCUGGCUCAAGCUGAAAAAUUUUGUAGUCUGUUUGAGUCUCUGCUGCAAACAUUUCAGUCUCUAUCAAAAGAUUGCCUUCCAAUGGAUGAACUUCUUGAAACAGUAAAAAGAUUAACAAAAGUCGGUACCAUUAAUUCUGAAUUGCUGGAAAGAGCUGAGAAUUUAUGCAAAACAAGAGAUCAAAUUCGAGACACACAGAUUAACCCAUAUAUCAUGGCUGUUGAUGAAAGUGAUGAUACAGGUUAUAAGUCUCUUCCAAUACUCCCAGAGUGGAAGGAAAUCAAGGAAGACAAUGGUACUCCCACUGAGGUUCGUCCCAAUAAAGUGGACACUCCAUACAAGGACUGGAUGGAGUACUAUGACAUACAGUUUCGUCUCGUUCGGGAAGACUUCAUUGCACCUCUGCGACGUGGUGUGGCUGCCUUCCUACAGGGAGACAAGGGAAAGAAGAAUAGAGAUGUUAAAACCUACAGUGGAGCCACAAUUGUGUCACAAGUGACAACAAAGGACAAAGGAAUAUGCUUUAUGAUACAAUUUGAUGUCUCUGGCUUCCGUAGAGUCAAUUACAAUUGGAAGCAAUCAAAGCGGUUAAUAUUUGGUUCGCUUUUGUGCUUUUUGUCUAGAAUGAACAAUGAAAUAAGUGCCAUGUUUGCUACUGUUGCAAAACGAGAUAUAUAUGAAUUAGAGAAAGGAAAUAUCAUGGUUCGUUUUGAAGGCAAUAUACUCUCCGAGCAGUAA